UACAAAAAAUUAUACCGUAAGAAAAAUGUAACGAAAUAUCUAAUUGAUCAAUGGAAAAAAGCGGAACAUAAACGAAUCAGUCUGCUGUUAUUGUUCCAAACCUCGUAAAGAGAUGAUCGACAGUCAGCAUUGGAAACUUAAUAGAAUUCUGUUACUUCUUAUUGGCGUGUGGCCUUUACAACAAUCGAACCUAACUCGAUUUCAGUUUAUUUUCUUGUCUAUUAUUCAGAUAACAUCUAUUAUAUGUCAGCUUAUGACACUUUUUACAACAAAAUGUACUCCGGACGGCGUCGUUACUGUUUUGUCUUUGGUACUUAUGUUUAGUUUUUGCGGGGUAACAUACAAUCUAUUUUUUCUCAAAAUAGAACUUAUGAAGGAUUUAUUGGUUCAACUUCAGAAUGUAUAUAUCGGAUUAAAGGAUAAACACGAAAUCGCUAUUAUGAAUAAUUAUAUUUGCAAUGCAAAACGUUAUACGCUUAUAUUUACAAUACUUGCCGUUUGUCUUUCAUUUACUAGUGUCAUUAUUCUAUCACCGAAAAUUCUCUAUAUUAUUUUACCUAUGAAUGUAUCUUUAUUAAAUCGUCAGCCGAUUAGAAUGGAAUAUUUUAUCGAUCAGGAAAUGUACGAUUAUUUGAUUUCAUUACAUAUAAGUAUGUCAAUAUGCAUUGGAACAAUUGCGAUGGCAGCGAUAGGAACAAUAAUUGUUGUGUGCCUACAAUAUAUUUGUGGUAUGUUUAGAAUUUCCAGUUUUCGUAUUAAACGCGCAGUGCACAUUAAUAUGCUACAAAAUAUUAAAGCGACGAAAGGGAAUUUAAUAUUGGAAGGAAUAAUUAGUGCGGUAGAUAUGCAUCGUCAAGCUAUGAAAUUAACCAAACUUUUGCUAUCCAUAGAGGAGACAAUGAUGUUUUGUUUAAUAAUGCUUGGAGUGAUGACAUUAAGCAUUAAUCUCUUUCGAAUUUUUCAGGUUAUUUCAACCGGAGAUGAAUUCAAGGAAUUUAUAAUUCCCUCUGCAUAUGUAGUUGCGAUUACUCUAUACUUUUUUCUAGGCAAUUAUUUUGCGCAGGAUGUGACGGAUCAUAAUAAUGACAUCUUUGCUACCGUGUGUGACGUUCAAUGGUAUGCAGCUCCGUUAUAUAUACAAAAACUGCUACUAUUUCUGCUGCAAAGAAAUUCCAAAGAUUUUACUUUAUGUAUCGGUGGGUUAUUUGUCGCAUCUAUGAAAUGUUUUGCCACGCUAUUGAAAACUUCAUUUUCUUAUUUUACUGUUAUGUAUUCAACGCAAUAAUAAGGUAAGAAGAGAAAUCGUAAUGAAAAAAUUAUA